AUGCAGGAAGAGGGAGAUAGUGCUUACGUAAGCCCUAGCUAUCUUCCCCUGAUCGUCUUCAAGCCGCGUCAAGUACUACUCGCAGAGGAACAGCAGAGAAACUCAUCAAUGGCGAAGAAGCAAUCUGAAAACUCUGCCCAAUUAAAGCCUGAUAACAAAUCUCUACUUGCCUAUUCCAUCGCUCUUUGGAUCGAAAAUAGUGGCUUUUCUAAAGCUCUCAAACGCUUUAUCUCCGAAGCUCAAAUUCAGGAUGAUGAUUGGAAGCUUAGGGCACUUAAUUUAGAGGAUGUAUUCUCCAAGUAUUUGGAACUCUGUAAUGAUCAUAACAAAAAUUUAUUUCUCCAGAAGGAUCAAAAAACACUGGCAGGUGAUGCAGCAGAUAAAAAUGGAAACAGCAACUGUGCAGCCUUGGAGGAAAUUAUAAGUAAGAAGAAGAAAAGUAAGAGAAAAGACAAAUAUAAUGAUAUUUCAAAAUCUGAUUCUGGAAAAACUCUCUGUCAAAGUCAACUGAAAUCUGAAGCACCAAAGAAUUCUUCUGAUGGAAAAGUUUGCGAAUUACUAAUUGACGAAUCCUCUAGAAGCCAGAAAGUCAAGAAGAAGAAAGGCAAGUUUGCAUGUGAAUUACUGGAUGGUGAUGAAAAGCAAAUAGAUGCAAGGGUGGCGGCAACUGGACAAGAUGCUGGCGACAUUCCAUCAGAGGAGAAUAAAUUCCAAGCUAAACAAAAGAAGAGAAAGAAAGAAGCUACAGCUUCUCCAGAAUUAUCUGGUUCAGAGAUGCAUGAUAGUGAAAACCCGAUACUUGGAAAGCCUAAACAAAAAUCAAUUGAGACUGCAGAAGAUAGGGCUGACGAAUAUAGCAAGGCUUCCAAGAAAAGAAAAAGAUUUGCUCCUUAUGAAAAUGAGAACCACCCUUUUGAAGAAGUAGCAGUUGAAGAAUUAAAGCGCAGAAAGACUGGAGGCUUAGAAGAAUUGAAGGUCGUUGAGCAGCAAAUCACUAUCUCUGGAGGUAAUGGACUUGCUGAGCCUCAGAAUUUCUCUGUUAAGAAAAUUGAUGAAAGCACUAACGGCAAUAUCCACAAGAAUGAACUGAAAAAAUCCAGUCAGCCAAAAUCUGGAAAGAGACAGCACAACAGUUCGGUUGAGCCAAAAACAGUGAAUGCAUUUCAAAGGGUGAAAGUUGAUGAUGUGAAAUAUGUCGAUGAGAGGCUUCAAGAUAAUUCUUAUUGGGCACUGGAUAGUGCAGGAAAUGGUUACGGGGCAAAAGCACAGGAAGUUUUGGGCCAGGUUAAAGGAAGGGAUUUCCGACAUGAAAAGACCAAGAAGAAGCGUGGUAGCUAUAGAGGCGGCCAGAUUGACCUGCAAUCCCACUCAAUAAAGUUCAAUUAUUCUGAUGAGGACUGA